ACCAGAUUCAGGGCCAUCUUCCUGCAAGCGCUGGAGGUGCACGACACCUUUGUACCUCACGUGAGCACCUGGAAGCAUCUGGGUGCAACCAGCUUCAUCGCCUGAGAUGUGAGUCGUGCAGGGGAACGUCCAGCAAUCUUGGGGAACAUGUCAGAUUUAAGUGACUUUUUACGUGGCCGAGGGCUUCCUGAAGAUGCCAUUUCAUUAUUGGAAGAGCAGAAGAUUGAUUGGGAUGUCAUAGGGCUGAUGGAUGACGCAACUCUGGCAAAUUACAUCCCUUCCUAUGGAGACCGAAUUGUCCUCUUCAAUUUCUGCAAAAGCAAACAACCACUCUCAAAAAGAAAACAGGGUCUUCUGGCAAGAGUUCCCCUCUCAGAGUGAGAGACACAGUUCCUGAAAUGUCAGAUUUGGAUGACCUAGUCAGACUGUACUUCAGACUUUCUUUCAGUAACAAAGAAAUACUUGCAAUUUUAGCACACAGUCAUCAGACUAUAAUAAGUGUUCGAACUCUAAAGAGAAUUUGUAAAAGACUUGGGCUGUUCAGAAGGAAGAAUCAGUCAGACCUGGAAGAAGUGAUGGUCUUUGUCCAACAAGAAAUCAUGACCAGUGGUCAGAUGCAAGGUUAUCGUUGGCUACAUCUUCGUGCAGUUCAAUGUGGAAUUGUGGUGUCACAAGAUACUGUAAGACGCAUAAUUAAAUUGGUUGACCCACAAGGUGUGGAACUAAGACGAGCUCGACAAUUGAAAAGACGUCAGUACAACUGCAAAGGACCAAAUGCACUUUGGCACAUGGAUGGCUAUGAUAAACUAAAACUAUAUGGCAUUGCUAUUAGUGGCUGCAUAGACGGUUUUAGCCGCUAUGUUUUAUGGAUGGAGGCUUAUGUCACAAACAAUGACCCUAAAUUGAUUGCAAGUUAUUUUCUGAAAACAGUUUCAUGCAUCAAUGGAUGUCCAGAGAGGAUACGUGCUGACAGAGGCACAGAAAAUAGAUGUGUCGAACAAAUGCAGAUGUUUCUGCGGAGAAACCACACAGACAGUUUUGCAGGGGAUAAAAGUUUCGUUUAUGGAAGAAGUACAGCCAACCAACGCAUAGAAGGGUGGUGGGCUACCCUCCGCAAACAAAGUGCACAGUUUUGGAUGAGCUUAUUUCAAACCUUUCAGGAUGAUGGUCACUUCACCGGAGACUUUUUGGACAAAAAUCUUAUCCAAUUCUGCUUUCUUAAUCUUAUUCAGGAUGAACUUGAUGACGUUGUGCACACAUGGAACUCACACAAAAUCAGGCCAAGUGGUGGUGCAUCAUCGGGUCAACCAGUAGUGAUGUACUCUUUUCCAGAGCUGCACAGGGCUGAGGAUAGACUGAAACCUGUUUUCAUGGAUGAGAUCAAUGUGUGCAUGGAAGAGUGUACACCAAAAGGCCAAUAUCCCUGCGAUGAAACAGUGUUUGAACUUUGUUGUCUGCUUAUGGUAGAAAAUGAAUGGAAUGCCCCAAGAGAUCCACUUGUUGCUGCUGAUCUGUAUAUAAGGUUAAGAGAAAAAAUACUCCAAAGUGUUAAAGAAAUUUCUGUAGUCAAAAAGAGAAAAAACAGUGUUUCUGUUUAUCUUGAUUAUGUGAGUAGUUGUCAUGUCUUACAGGUACCCUAUAUGCAGGUAUUCUUGCUUUGUAUCAAAUGAAAGACAUUUUGGGGGCAAGCAAACAUGUCAUUUUUUACGUCAUUCUGUCAGAAUAUUAAUGGUUAUUACUGGUAUAAUGUAAAUGCAGUGUUUUGAUAUGAGUUUAGUCUUUCAGCUACCAUUUUACUGAUCAAAGUAAAAAAAUGUUUGGUUGACAUCUUGUCCCAAUAUAUAGUUUUUUUUUUACUUUUACACUCAGUCAUUAGAAGUAGCAAUGCUCAUUUCUUGUCAAAUAUAGAUAGUGUGAUGUGAUCAUCAGUUAUGUAACAAAUUCUUCUAACUAGCUAUGCUUUCAGCUGCAUAAACAAAUGUAUUUUUUCUUCUAACACAAUUCUGUAUUGUUAAAUAAAAUCCAAUGACAAUGUGUGUGUGAAAUGUGAAUUAAAUGGCAGUACGAGUACAGCAAAAAGGAUAUUAUAAAAUUUGUAAACCUGCCUUCCAUUAAAUAUAAACAUCACUGUUUUGUUGCCAGGCAUUUGUGAAGUAUAAACUCACUAGCUAUCCGUUGCAUUCUGUUGCCAACUUUUUUUCUUACUAUUCAUGACUGGCAAUCCAGAUCGAUAUUUGUAAGCCUUGUGUGUAUCAGCAAAUUACCCAUGCAUUAACUCGGGGAGGAGGGGCAAGUUCAGCCCUCGAGAGCUACUGUCCUUCAUCUUUUAGGUGGAUCCCUUCUCCAUCAUACCUGAAUAAAAUGAAUAGCUUGUUAUCAAGCCUCUUCAGGGCAUCCCUGCACCUAUGUGACAAAACAGUGCCCAAAAGAAGUUCCAAGUUAUUGUCCCAUUAAGUCUGAAACCAUUUGCAAUUAUCAAAUGUGUAUCUAACUUUUUCUAAUGACAUGUUAAAGACAAAUAAAUGGCAUUCAGCACUGUUACUGA